CAAAAAUCCCAAAGAGGGUUUUGUGUUUCAAUAUUAGAAUUGCCAUUUAAAAAGCUUCCCUUGUCCUUUUCCUGUUUGCUACAGUUCAAGGGAAAGAAGGGAGCGAGUAUCAAUGGAGUGACUUCCAAACAGAAGGCUGAGCCAAAGAGUCAGGCCAAGAAGAAUGGAGUCAGUGGGAUGGCAUCUGUGAAACGCAACAACUCCAAUGCAGAGCAGUGCAAGUAUGGCAAGAACCGUGUCGAGGCAGAUGCCAAGCGGCUGCAGGCCAAAGAGGAGGACCUUAUGAAAAAGAAACAGGAGAUCAGGAACCAUCUGAACCAGUUGAAGAAGGAGAGAAGAGACCUGCGCACUGCUGUGGAGGGUGCUGCAGGCAAACGUUCGCAGGCAUCUCUGCUGGAGCGCUUGAAGAAGGUGGAAGACGAGUGCAAGGUGAAGGAAGAAGAGAGAGUGAACGUGGAGCUGGAGGCAACGGAGGUCAAGGAGAGUCUGAAGAAAGCCCUGAGCGGAGGAGUGACCCUUGGCCUCACCAUUGAACCCAAAGCUGCCUCCUCAAACCUGCAGUCUCCGGCCAUGCUGUGGAAAACACAGGAGUCCUCUCCCUUCUCCAGCUGCGACACCAGCGACACAGAGUCCUGUACACUGCCAGUCAACAGCGCAUCGCUACUGCGCCGGCAGCAAAGUAGCCAAAAGCCAUCAACAGUCAGAGGACAUGUGCUGAGGAAGGCCAAGGUCAGAGUUCACUCUGCUGACUGGUGUCACUGCUCAUCUUACUGUAUCUCCAGCGGUAAUUUGAGGAAAUGGUUUUCCCUCAAACUAUUUGGUUUGAGGAUAAAUAAUGGAAUAAGCAUCAUAAAGUAACCUGAAGUACUUACA